GAUUGUGUGCCAGACCGAGAAUAUAAUACCUGUUGUCGAGUGUGUAAAUGAUCAUACCGAAUCGGUCACUUGAAAUCGCUGUUGUUAUAUCGCUCAGUUAUAAACUACUCGCUCGUUAGAUCUUAUAUACAUUUUUAUUCUAUUAACAUAUUGCAUAUCUGAUAAAAAAAAACCCCAUUUCAUAUUAUAAUUAUAAUAAUUAUAUUUUAUAGUUACUAUUAAUAGUUUUUUUCAAAAAUAUUAUGAAGUCGCUUGUGGUUAUUUUGUGUUUAUUUAUCACAGUAUCGCAGUGUCAAUUUUUAGACAUGAGUUUUCUUGACAAUAUGAUGGAAAAUAUGAAUUCUCAAAUAAAUAAUCAGAUGGCAAUUAUGCAUCAACAAAUCAAUGAUAAUAUUGCGAAUCAAUUGUCUAAAGUCGAUCAACUAAUAAGUAACAUUCAUAACAUUCCAAUUCCAACGGCAACAAAUGGACAAACAAUAAUUGUUAAUGGAGGCAGUGGUGAAUCACAUACCGUAUUGUCAGGAACUGGUGCUGAUGGAAAACCAUAUUUCCGAGAUAUCACUGAUCGAAUGAUCGGAUCAGUUUUACAUCGUACUGAACGAAUUUACAAUCCGAAAACUGAUACCAUUGAAACGUAUCAGUAUACUUAUGAUACGUCAAACCCUAAUGCUAAGCCAGUUCUGGUCAAAACUGAUGCUAAAAAGUCUGGUAAUUAAACAUUGAAACCAUAAAUUAAUUCAUAAUUUUUUUUUUUUAUCUACGAAACCAUAAAUCGGCAGUUUAUUAAGUCGCUAAUUAAAUUUUUAUUGAAUGAUGAGCUAUAAACUAUAUCUUAUUUUCAUUUUCUCAGUGUAUGAGGAAUUAUAAAAUUUUCUUUUGCUAUCUUAUGUAAAUUUAACUUGCGCAUAAUACUCGAUUUUAUGAAAAAUAAAUAUAUCAAGAAUUCAUGAAAAUAUUCAGCAAUAAAUUAUCACUAGAAUUUUGUUAAUUUUUAUGUCCAAUAAAUUUUUGAAACUUUUCUAAUAAAAAAUUUUAUGAAAGGAAAAUAAAGUGUAUACAUAUAUAUAUAUAUAUAUGCUUUCGGUCAAAUAUAUCGACAAUAAUAAUAAUAAUUUUGUUUGAGUUUUAAUCAAUUAAAGAAUUUUUAUUAAUUAACUGUAGAUAUGAAAGUUUCAAUGAGGUUUUUAAUUAGUUUUGUUUAUGAAUAUGUGCAUAUAUAUGUAUAUAUGUAUAUAUGAAGAGAGAGAGAGAGAGAGAGGGGAAGAAAUGUAAUAGUUUAAAAUUUCGAAUCAAGUUUAAAAAAGUAUUAGUUUAUUUUUAAUUAUUAAAGUUAAGUUCAAAAAAAUAAAUGUAAAAAAUAUAUUUGAACAGUUUAUUAUAUAUUUUUGUAACUUAUAAUAAAUACUCAAAAAUAAAAUUAUAAA